GACAGAUUUACCUGGGAGCAGAUUGUCCCCUUGGUACUCGUAGACAUGUAUUCGCGCUGAACAACGGGCCCUUUACUCAGAUGCUGCCUAUGUUAGCCCAACAUCGCCAUCCUUCGACAUGAGACGGGACUCUCCCUCAACAAAUCCCCCGCGCAGUCGACAGGAUGGACUCGAUAGAUCCCACGUCGCCGACAGUCGACUCACUACCUCACACUCCCACCACACCUACUUCGGCGCGGAAGCUGCCAAGCGAUCUACCUACUUCCCUCGAUGACCGUCGUAACUUCUCCAGUUAUGGCGGGGAGACUGAGAUAUACGAUGGCUGGCAAGGCUCGUCUCAGUAUAUUACGGCCCCUACUCCUGCAAGACCUCUUGAUUUCGACCUCCAUCUAGACACCCCGGCGUAUGAUGACGCCGAAACCUACGCCCGACUACAGGACAGCGACUCGAGAUUAAUGGAGAUGGUUGCGGCACAGGCACAACAUAGGGAGGAUGGAAGUCCUGGACAAGAUGAAGAUGCCAUUGCAACAGACGACAAUUUAUCGCCUGCAGAAAAGAAAGAGAUAUUGCAGAAGAGUCUUAACAUGGCCGCGAGCAACGGGGAUGUGGUUCGAAUACGGAAGCUUGUGGGAGGAAGCGCGAAAGAGUACGUGGAUGUCAACCAGCCGGACGAGGACGGCACCGUGCCUUUGAUAUACGCCAGCUGUUUCGGACAUCAUGAAGUUGUAGCAGCACUUCUCGACGCUGGUGCCGUGGUGGACAAGCAAGACAGAAACCAGUGGAGCGCAUUGAUGUGGGCAAUGACCAAUCGUCACAAACAAAUCGCAAAACUCCUACUGGAUCAUGGAGCUGAUCCCGAUAUAAAGUCUUCGUCCGGAGGCACAGCUCUAGACUUUGUUCAGCCAGGCUCCGACUUCUCCCACUAUUUGCACGAAAAUGGCUAUCAUUUUGGCGGCACAAACCUAGACGACGACUUCUAUAAUGCAGGCUUCUCACAAGAUCGUUUUGAAGAGGAAAUGGCCGAAAACGAGAUGAAAAGGCGAAUGCUGAUGCAAGAGAGCGCUGCCAACCUGGAAGUAGACCUGUCGACUCUCGGCUUUGAUGAACAACCAGAGUCUCCCACUGGUUUUGAUUCGGAUGAAGAGGAAGAGUUCAUAUGGGAUCGAUGUAUAGGGGACCAGAUGUUUGUCUUUCAGACAGACAAGCUCGAUGCUAUUCUUGACCUCAUUAUCACCAACAUGACUCCACAACGUUCUCCAUCACAAAAACCCGUACCUGCGAAUCUGAUAUUCUUGAUGGCGAGGUAUGCUCAUUAUCAUAUGACUCCUUCUCUCCUCGAUGAGGUCUUGACGAAAGCAAUGGAUCUUAUCAACGAUGUCAUUGAGAGAUCUCAAUGGGAUAUGACCAUGCUUGCAUUCUGGAUUUCCAACGCGACAUUAUUGCUGCAUUACCUUAAGAAAGAUGCUGGUCUUGUUCAGGUCACAUCCAAGUAUCAACUGGAGCUGGCAGAAUUGAUCAAUGAAACUUUCAUCCUCAUAAUCCGAGAUGCUGAAAGAAGAAUGAACAAGGUUCUCGACACGGCGAUGCUUGACCAUGAGACCAUACCCGGCUUAUCAGACGUUGCAUUCCAGGGAGAAUGGAAAGUUUUCAAGUCGAAGCCGAAAACGAAGGAGGAAGACCCAGAAAAACGGUUUCGUCCACCAUCUCCUAAGCGACGAGCUCAAACAUCUCCUCGUAAUAUAAUGUCACUCCUCUCAUCGACGCUGUUUGUGCUUGACCUAUACGACGUCCAUUCAGUCAUCACUUCUCAGAUACUCGCACAACUCAUAUAUUGGAUUGGGGCCGAACUCUUCAACCGUGUUAUGACCACGAGAAAAUACCUCUCUAGAACGAAAGCCAUGCAAAUCCGCAUGAAUGUAUCCGCCAUUGAAGACUGGGCUCGGGCGAAUAAUCGACAACCUGAGCAUUAUGAGAAUGGGUCUACAACUUCAACUGGUGAGAAUACAGUCGAUGCUGCUAGACGCCAUCUUGCUCCCAUAAUCCAGCUACUCCAGUGGUUGCAAUGCUUCAGCUCUCUCGGGGACGAUCAUGAAUCAUUGGUGGGCACACUUGUUCAGUUGCAACGACUCAGUCCGACGCAAUUGAUUCAUGCUGUAAAGAACUACCGAGCGGAAGUGGGUGAGAAGAGCCUGGCCAAAGCCCACAUGAAGUUCCUUGUUCAGCUUCAAAAGGGUGAACAGUCUUUGAUCAAACGACCAUUGACCCCCCAAGUUGACGCUCCAGGGUCCGGAGCCGAAACUCCUACCAAGCAGAAUGGAGACGAGGCUGCUGCGAAACUGCCCGAGACUCCGCAAAGUGCACUUCCUCCGCCAACAUCAUCUUCACCAGUUGAACAAGAUACAGAUCCGCCACCAAACCGAAAUGCGUUGACCUUGGAUCAAUCUCUCAUGCUCCCAUUCUCGCUACCUACAUCGACGGACAUGCUAAUCACUUAUGGGGCAGGCAUUGGCGGAGUCAACAGAGAAAGAGCGAGAAAAUAUAUUCCCACAGUGCCGACCGAGGUUUUGAGUAAGCUCAACCUUGAUGGUGAAGGUGUGCGACGCGAGGGUAGUAUUGGGACUAUAGGUACAACGGCACAAGGCUGGCGAACCAGCGGAUUUUGAAGUUUCAACGGUAUAGCACGGCAUUGUUAUAAGACCGCGCAGUCGUCUUUGCUUGACAACAGCGAAAUUGAAUCUUUUGCGCUCUUGGUCAUUCCUGGCUGGAGUGUCUGAUACGAGUAAUCUAUGAACCUUUGGGCCUAGAAAGCCAUGCUGUGGCGGCUUAAACCUCGUUGGGCUUGAUGUUGUCUUGGAUGAGACUCCACCGAGGCUUUCGACUUGAUCGAUUUCGGUCGCUCACUCUUCAG